CCGUCAUACACAUCACGGCGUCCCAGAGUUGGCCAGGCGACCACCGAGGAAGCGUGAGGGGAUCAGAAAACACCCUCAUCACCUCCUGCUGCAGAUGCUGUAACAUCAUCUGGAUGCUGUGAAGCGACUAGAAAGGCUGAUCUGUCGAUGUGUAUGUAAGUGGAGCGAAAAGAAAUGAGAUCUUAGUGGACAGCGGCCAGUGGAUCAAGAUCAGAUGGAGGGAGAGUCGACUCAUCUGGCCAGAGGAGGGAAGAGGGGUGAAAGAGUUUGCUCAAGAGAAGAGAGGAAGAGGAGGAAGACUGCCACGGCGGUGGAGGAAGGCCAGAAACUACCUGACUGCUCAUCAGCAUCCAGUACUUCCCACGAUGACCGAAGCUCAGCGGCCAGCGGACUAGAUGUGGCCGACCGCCUCACCUACCUCGAGCAGAGGAUGCAGAUGCAGGAAGACGAGAUCCAGCUGCUGAAGCUGGCUCUGGCCGACGUCCUCAAGAGACUCAACAUCUCUGAGGAGCACCAGGCGGCUGCAGCUGCUUCUGCUGGCAAGAGACCACCGGCUGCCAAAGCCAGGCCGGUGUCUCUGGGUUUGCCCUCCAGACCUCCCAUGGUGACCUCCAGCGCUGCUCCUCUGAAGAAGAGCUCCACGCUGCCCUCCAGCUCCACAGCCAGGAACUACAGUCCAACGCCACCCCGAAGUGGUGUGAAAAGUCCACCAGGUAGUGUGAAGGAAAGUCCAUGUAAGACCACGAAAACACGGCCGACAUCUGCAGCCUCAAACUAUAAGAAACCUCAGGAAGGCAACAAGUCCAAGGAGGCUGCAGUCAGUGUAGGAACAAGACGGGUGACACACUGCAAAGUGACUAUGCAGAUCUAUCUGAGCCCCCUCGCAAGAAAGACUGGGUCUUCUGAGGCCGCCAAGUCCAUGUCCACGGUGCCGACCAACUCCAGGCCGGUGCCGGCACCGAACCACCCUCAGCCGAAGGGUGGAAACAAGCCGGAGAUGAGGAAAAGCACCCCAUCCUUCACUUUAAACCUCCAGAAAACCACGAGCAGCCAGCAGAGCGCACCACAGGACACAUCCAGCUACAAAAGCCCCAUCAAGUCACCCAGCCAGUACUUUCAGAUUUGUUACUGAAGCAGAGUUAUAAACAACUCUUGCUUUAACUGCACAAUUUUACACUUGUUUACGAUUAACUUGAGGGCAAAACUGCAGGCAAGUUCCCUCCUGAACCCAGAACAAAUUAUAAAAAAAACCUUCAAAAAUCACAACACAGCAAAUAUAAACCGACUUCUUUUUCUUCUUCUUCUGGAAUUUUGGAGCAAUUGAAAUCAAAAAUACUGUGUGGAAAAAGUGUGAAAGCUUAAUGCAUUUAGUUUCUUCAGAGACAGCAGUGUAGUUGUAGCUCCGUUUGUGUUGAUUCCUGCAUAUUGUGUCACUGGAUGCUUGUGUUUGCUGUUAAUUUCCACUCUGUCACUGAGAAUGUGGGAUUAUCGAGUGAGUUUCUUCCAUUGUUUGCUGUGUUGUUCCCAGUUUUGUAGUUGACUUUCCACCCUGAAGUCCACCUUAGAUAAUACGCACCAAAAAUCCUCUUUUUAAUUCAGGAAGACAAUAAACAACAAUGAUAACUGAAAA